AUGGACCACGCUCAAGCUUCGAACGUGGAGCUCAAGGAGAACACCGUCAUUGUUGUCCUCGGAGCCUCUGGUGAUUUGGCCAAGAAGAAGACUUACCCCGCGCUCUUUGGAUUGUACCGUAACCAAUUCCUCCCCAAGGAUGUCAGAAUCGUCGGAUAUGCCCGCACCAAGAUGGACCAUGAGGAGUAUCUGCGGCGCAUCAAGUCUUACAUGAAGACACCCACCAAGGAGAUCGAGCAGCAGCUCGAGGACUUCUGCAAGCUCUGCACAUACAUUUCCGGCCAGUACGACAAGGACGAGUCCUUCGAGAACCUUAACAAGCACCUCGAGGAGCUCGAGAGUGGUCGCCCAGAGACUCAUCGUCUCUUCUACAUGGCCCUGCCCCCUAGUGUCUUCACAAUCGUCUCCCAGCACUUGAAGAGAUGCUGCUACCCCACCAAGGGCAUCGCUCGUGUUGUUGUCGAGAAGCCCUUCGGAAAGGAUCUUGCCAGUUCCCGCGAACUUCAAAAGUCUCUUGAGCCCGACUGGAAGGAGGAUGAGCUCUUCCGCAUUGAUCACUACCUUGGCAAGGAAAUGGUCAAGAAUCUCCUUAUUCUCCGCUUCGGCAACUCGUUCCUGGGCGCAACUUGGAACCGCCACCACAUCGAUAACGUGCAGAUUUCAUUCAAGGAACCUUUCGGCACCGAAGGUCGGGGAGGUUACUUUGACGAAUUUGGCAUCAUCCGUGAUGUCAUGCAGAACCAUCUGCUCCAGGUCCUCACCCUCCUAACGAUGGAGCGCCCUAUUUCAUUUGACUCUGAAGACAUCCGCGACGAGAAGGUCCGAGUCCUUCGCUUCAUUUCCCCCAUUGAGCCCAAGAAUGUUAUCAUCGGCCAGUACGGCAAGUCCCUGGAUGGCACCAAGCCCUCGUACAAGGAGGACGAUACUGUUCCUCAAGACUCCCGAUGCCCCACCUUCUGCGCCAUGGUGGCUUACAUCAAGAAUGAGCGCUGGGAUGGCGUCCCCUUCAUCUUGAAGGCAGGCAAGGCUCUCAAUGAGCAGAAGACCGAGAUUAGAAUUCAGUUCAAGGAUGUUACAACUGGUAUUUUUAAGGACAUCCCCCGAAAUGAGCUUGUUAUGCGCAUUCAGCCCAACGAGAGUGUCUACAUCAAGAUGAACUCGAAGCUACCUGGUCUCAGCAUGCAGACCGUGGUGACCGAACUCGAUCUCACAUACCGCCGCCGCUUCUCAGAUCUGAAGAUCCCCGAGGCAUACGAGUCAUUGGUUCUCGACUGUCUCAAGGGAGAUCACUCCAACUUCGUCCGUGAUGACGAGCUGGACGCCUCCUGGCGUAUCUUUACCCCCCUCCUGCACUACCUGGAGGACAACAAGGAAAUCGUUCCCAUGGAAUACCCCUACGGCUCGCGUGGCCCUGCUGUCCUGGAUGAUUUCACAGCCUCUUAUGGUUAUAAGUUUAGCGAUGCUACCGGUUACCAGUGGCCCAUGACAUCUGCCGCUGCACCUACCAAG